AUGUAUCGUGGUAAAUUCAUGGUAGAUCUAUGUACAAAGAAAAAUGAUUUGGAUGAUUGUUCUCGUUAUUCAGCAGAAACAACUAAUGUCCUUUGCAAUGAACAACCUGUUUCGAAUAGGAACCAAACACUUGAAACGCUUCAGAUUUCAGGGAAUCAAAGUAAACAUGAUGUUUAUGAAAAUGAAUUAACAAAAAAAUAUGAAGGAAUUAUAGUUUCUAGUAAUAACAUGAUAACUGAAUUUUCGAAUUUAAACAAAGACAACGCCCAUGGUUUUGAAGAAAAUGUUACAUUACCUAAUGCGAGAGAAGUACAAAUUGAUGAAGUAGGUUAUAUACCAAACCCCGAUAUUGGAGAUGCAGAUAUUAUUUUAAUACAAAUAAAUCAGGGCAAUGAUAGAGAAGGAGUUACUGUCGUCCACACUAAUAGUUGGGCCGAAAAAGAAGGUAUUGUAAUACAGACAAUUGAGAACAUUACUACAGAAGCUGUCACCAUACAAAAUAAUACUGAUGCUCUGGAAGGAGCUAGUAUAGUCCAAGAAAAUCAAAAUACCCAAACCAAAGAUCCGAACUUCAAUGAUGUAGAAGAAGUUAGUCCAGAUGAUAGGAGAGAAGAUUUAGAUGACGACAAUGGUACGGUGGUUUUGACGAAACGGUGCCGUAGCUCAAGUGGUCCAAACUUGGAAACAUGGAAAAAAAUUAAAGCAAUGAGACAAAGAGAGAAAGACCAGUGUGAUAUCUGUGUAAUGUAUGAAAAUGGUAAUUUAGAAGAAGAAAUAUGGGCGCAGCAUAGAAACAGAAAACAACAAGCACGAGAAGCAAUGCAGUCAGAUAUCGAAAAGGCAAAAAAUAAUAGCAGGUAUGUGGUAAUCACAAUGGAUCUUCAAGGAGUACUUCUGAGUCCACGCCUGCAGGCGUCCGCGCUUUACUACAAGACAAAAUUAAUAGUACAUAAUUUCACCAUGUACAAUAAUGCUAACUAUGAUACAACUUGCUACAUUUGGCAUGAGGGCGAAGGAGCCAUCACAUCAAAUGAAUUUUCUUCGUGUAUUGUCGACUUUAUACCUAAAUAA